CCUUAAAUAUAUACGAUCCAACCUGUCAUAGUCAUUUCCACUCUCUCUCUCUCUCCCUCUAUCCGCCACUCGUUAAAACCCCCCACGAACGUUCUCUGCCUCAUUCAGAAUCCCUGCCGUCCGAUCUCCGAACUCCAAUGCUGCCGUACCAGACUCUCGACGAGGCCUCGGCCGCUCUAGGCCGAAACCUGACCUAUGCUGAGACCCUCUGGUUCCACUACUCCGCCCGCAAGUCCGAUUAUUUCCUCUACUGCCACACCAUUCUCUUCCUCUUUUUCGUCUUCUCCGCCAUCCCUCUCCCUCUGGUCUUCAUCGAGCUCGCGCGCUUGGCCGGCUUCGACCGCUACAAGAUUCAGCCCAAGGCCAGGUUGUCUUCCGCCGAAGUGUUUCGCUGCUACAAGGACGUCAUGCGCAUGUUCUUUCUCGUUGUCGGUCCUCUGCAGCUCGUUUCCUACCCUUCUAUACGGAUGAUUGGGAUUCGAACGGGGUUGCCAUUACCUUCGGGAUGGGAAAUUUUUGCACAGUUAUUAGUAUAUUUCAUGGUGGAGGAUUACUCGAAUUACUGGAUCCACAGAUUUCUUCAUAACAAAUGGGGUUACGAGAAGAUUCAUAGAGUUCAUCAUGAAUACACAGCUCCAAUUGGAUUUGCGGCGCCCUAUGCGCAUUGGGCCGAGAUUUUGAUCCUCGGGAUCCCAUCUUUCCUCGGGCCGGCCAUGGUGCCUGGUCACCUGGUCACAUUCUGGCUGUGGAUUGCUUUACGGCAGAUUGAGGCGAUAGAAACGCAUAGCGGGUAUGACUUCCCUUGGAGCCCCACAAAAUACAUCCCAUUUUACGGUGGUGCUGAGUAUCAUGAUUACCAUCAUUAUGUUGGAGGGCAAAGCCAGAGCAACUUUGCUUCAGUGUUCACCUACUGUGAUUACAUUUAUGGAACUGACAAGGGCUAUCGGUAUCAGAAGAAGCUCUUUGAGAAGUUGAAAGGGGAAUUGAAAACCGGUGUUGAACAUAAUGGAGGCUCAUACCAUAUUUCUACCCAAGAUCUUAAAUCUGACUAGCUACGGUUUCAACAGCUAAGUAUGAAUGAAGUACAUAUAUGCUGCUCCAGCCAUUUGAGAGAAAUUUUUCUUUUUGACAAUGUAUAAUAAAGAAAAAUUAGAACCCUGUUUAGUAUUGCUGGGUUGAUUCCCGGAAGUACAUGUUCAAGGUGCAUCUUUCAAAUCGACUAUAGUUGGAGAAAGACAAACGUCAGUUUUUUCAAGUCUAGAACCACGUUGCCCCACAUAAA